UUCCUUACAAAUUUGAGAAGCUAGGAUAGUUGAUUGAAUUAAAGAACAAAGAAAGAUAAAUAACCAAGAGAAUGACGAAAAAGAAAAUGAAAGAUGAAGGUGAAGCCUGUUUAUUCUAUAUAGACAAGUUAUGUGACUUGAUCAAAGAGAAAUUGUCAUUUGAAGAUUCCAUUCAUUGUGCUGUGAGAACUAGCUAGAAAUUCUCAUUUGCAUGCCAUAGAUAGUUGACUUGAAGAAGGGAGUGUUUCAGUAAUGCGUUUCGCAAACCAUGCAAACCUGUUCUUUGUUCUGUUCAUACUAUGUUUUUUUGUGUUGGACGUUUGUAUUGCCAUAGACAGCAUCACAUCUUCACAAUCCAUCAAGGACCCUGAAACUCUAAGGUCCAAAGAUGGUAACUUUACUUUGGGGUUCUUCACCCCUCAAAACUCCACAAACCGCUACGUUGGAAUCUGGUGGAAGUCUCAGUCCACAGUUAUAUGGGUUGCUAACAGAAACCAACCAUUGAAUGAUUCUUCUGGAAUUGUUACAAUAUCUGAAUAUGGAAAUCUUGUGGUGCUGAAUGGACAGAAACAAGUGAUUUGGUCAACAAAUGUGUCCAAAACAUUAUCCAAUACAAGUUCAGAGUUUUCAGACUCUGGUAAGCUAGUUCUCAUGGAAACCGCAACAGGAAACAUCUUAUGGGAUAGUUUUCACCAACCCUCAGAUACGCUCUUGCCCGGCAUGAAACUUUCAACCAACACAAAAACUAAUAAGAAAAUAGAACUUACAUCAUGGAAAAGCCCUUCUGAUCCCUCUGUUGGGAGCUUCUCUUCUGGGGUUGUUCAACGCCCUGAUAUUCUUGAAGCGUUCAUUUGGAAUGAAACUCGACCAUACUGGCGCAGUGGUCCAUGGAAUGGUGGGGUAUUCACAGGGAUACCGACCAUGUCAACGUAUCUUAAUGGUUUCAAAGGUGGGGAUGAUGGCGAAGGAAAUAUAAAUAUCUAUUACACAGUGCCAAGUGAAUUAGAUUUUGUAAUCUAUAUGUUGAAUUCUAAAGGACAAUAUGAACAAAAACUGUGGGAUGCUGAGAAGAACGAAAUGGGAGUUAAUUGGACUAGUAAAGUGUCAGAUUGUGAUGUUUAUGGUAUGUGUGGACCAUUCACAAGCUGUAAUGCACAGAGCACACCAAUAUGUAGCUGUUUGAAAGGAUUUGAGCCGAGGAACAAGGACGAAUGGAAUGGAAAAAACUGGAGUGGUGGAUGUGUUAGGAGAACGCCUUUGAAGUGUGAAAGGGUAAGAGAUCAAAACACAAGUACUGAUGCAAAGGAAGAUGGAUUUUUUAAACUGCAGAUGGUUAAAGUUCCUGAUUUUUCAGAAGGUUCUCCUGUUGAGACUGACAUAUGCAGAAGCCAAUGCUUGGGGAAUUGCUCUUGUGUUGCUUAUUCUCAUGAUGAUGAGAUUGGUUGCAUGUCUUGGACUGGGAAUCUAUUAGAUAUACAACAAUUCUCAGAGGGAGGACUUGAUCUAUAUCUUCGUGUAGCUUACUCUGAACUUGAUAAAGGGUCAAACAAAAAAAUCAUCAUUACAACAGCAGUGAUAGUAGCAACUGUGAUCAUGGUUACCGGUGCAUAUUUCAUGUGGAGGACUUCCAAUCAUCCAGCUAAAUUUUGGCAGUUAAUUAACUCAGUAAGGAAAGUGAACAACGAUGCUUUUAUAGAAUAUAAUAAUGGUGGAACACCAGAACAUGAAAGCCAUAGUGUAAUUGAAGAACUGUCACAAGUUAAACUACAGGAACUGUUACUAUUUGAUUUUAAAAGGGCUGCAGCAGCCACAGACAACUUCCAUCUUUCCAACAAACUUGGGCAAGGUGGUUUUGGUCCUGUGUACAAGGGGCAACUGGAAGAUGGACAGGAAAUAGCAGUUAAAAGACUUUCUAGAGCCUCUGGACAAGGUCUAGAAGAAUUCAUGAACGAAAUAGUCGUGAUUUCCAAGCUUCAACAUCGCAAUCUUGUAAAACUUUUUGGCUGCUGUGUUGAAGGGGAUGAGAAGAUGCUGAUAUAUGAAUACAUGCCAAACAAAAGUUUGGAUGUGUUUAUCUUUGAUCCAUCAAAGUGUAAACUUCUAGAUUGGAGGAAGCGCAGUAGCAUAAUAGAAGGAAUAGCUCGAGGACUACUUUAUCUACACAGAGACUCCAGACUAAAAAUUAUACACAGAGAUUUGAAGGCAAGUAAUAUAUUGCUAGAUGAAGACCUAAAUCCAAAAAUAUCAGAUUUUGGUAUGGCUAGAAUCUUUGGUGGAACACAAGAUCAAGUCAAUACCAGUAGAGUUGUUGGAACCUAUGGCUACAUGUCUCCUGAAUAUGCAAUGGAAGGACUAUUUUCAGAAAAAUCAGAUGUUUUUAGCUUUGGUGUUCUGGUACUAGAGAUUAUUAGUGGAAGAAGAAGCUCAAGUUUUUUUGGCAAUAUGCAUGCUCUUAGCCUUUUAGGAUUUGCUUGGACACAAUGGAAGGAAGGAAAUGCAUUAUCUUUGGUAGAUUCAGAACUAUAUGAUCCUAUUCAUCAUAAAGAUAUCUUAAGGUGCAUACACAUAGCUCUUCUAUGUGUACAAGAACUUUCUGUAGACAGACCCACUAUGGCUACAGUAAUUUCUAUGCUCAGCAAUGAGUUUGUGCUUCCUGCUCCAAGUAAUUCUGCAUUCAUCCAGCGACAAAAAAUGAUGAAUUCGACGUCAUCGGAAGAAACUCAGAGAUUUCGCUCUAUCAAUGUUGUUAGUAUAACAGAAAUUCAAGGUAGAGGCACUGUCAAAUCUUACAGUGGCCAUUUGGUUCAUGGUAAAGAGUUUCAGGAACCGUGUGCAAACAUGUUCUUUGUUUUGUUCAUACUGUGUUGUUAUGUUUUGGAUAUUGGUAAUGCCACAGACAUUAUCUCCUCAUCUCAGUUCAUCAAGGACAAUGAAACUAUAACCUCCGCUGGUGGCAACUUCACCUUGGGGUUCUUCACCCCUCAAAAUUCUACCAAUCGUUAUGUGGGAAUUUGGUGGCAAACCAAAUCCACUGUCAUAUGGGUGGCUAACAGAAACCAACCUCUGAAUCAUUCUUCUGGGGCUGUUACGAUUUCUGAAGAUGGCAAUCUUGUGGUGUUGAAUGGUCAGAAUCAAGUGAUUUGGUCAACAAAUGUGUCCACAGCAUCAUCGAAUACAAGUGCCCAGCUUUCAGAUUCUGGUAAGCUAGUUCUCACUGAAACCACAAGGGGAACAUUGUGGGAUAGUUUUCAGCAACCUUCGAAUACGUUAAUGCCCGGAAUGAAAACUUUAACCAACGCAAAAACAGGUAGGAAAGUAGAACUUACAGCAUGGAAAAGCCCUUCAAAUCCCUCCGUUGGGAGCUUCACUUCCAGUGUUCUUCGACGCAUAAAUAUACUCGAGGUGUUCAUUUGGAAUGAAACUCGACCGUACUGGCGCAGUGGUCCAUGGAAUGGUGUGAUCUUUACAGGGAUACCCAUGUCAUCGUUUCUUUAUUCUUUCAAAGCUGGGGAUGAUGACGAAGGAAAUACAUAUUUCUAUUACACGGUACCAAGUCCGCUGGAGAUUUUUAUCUAUGUGAUGAAUUCGCGAGGCCAGUAUGAACAACUAUCGUGGAAUGAUAAGAAGGAAGAAAUGGAAAUUUCGUGGAGUAGUCAUGAAUCAGAUUGUGAUGUUUAUGGAAUAUGUGGGUCAUUUUCUAUUUGUAAUGCAAAAAACUCACCAAUUUGCAGUUGUUUGAAAGGGUUUGAGCCGAGGAACAAAGAAGAAUGGAAUAGACAAAACUGGUCAAGUGGGUGUGUUAGGAGCACACCUUUGAAGUGUGAAAGGGUCAAUCAAAACGUAAGUGUUAAGGAAGAUGGUUUUUCGCAACUGCAAAUGGUUAAGGUUCCUGAUUUUCCAGAAGGGUCUCCUGUUGACACUGAAUGCAGAAGGCAAUGCUUGGAGAAUUGCUCUUGUGUUGCUUAUUCCUAUGAUGUUGGAAUUGGUUGCAUGUCUUGGACUGGGAAUCUGCUAGACAUACAACAAUUCUCAGAGGGAGGACUUGAGUUAUAUGUUCGUGUAGCCGAUUCUGAUCUUGAACAUGAUAAAGGGACACACACAGCAAUCAUCGUCGGAAUUACAGUGACAGUAGUAUCAGUCAUCAUAGUUAUUUGUGCAUAUGUCAUGUGGAGGACUUCCAAUCACCCAGCUAAAAUAUGGCACGCAAUCAGAUCAGCAAGGAAUAGGAACAUCAAAGAUUUCCAACGAUUGAAAAAAGGUGAAACACCAGAACAUCCUAGUCACAAAGUAAUUGAAGAACUGUCACAAGUUAAACUCCAGGAGCUGUUACUGUUUGAUUUUGAAAGGCUUGCAACAGCCACAAACAACUUCCACCUGUCCAACAAACUUGGGCAGGGUGGUUUUGGUCCUGUGUACAAGGGGAAACUGCAAGAUGGACAAGAAAUAGCAGUUAAAAGACUUUCUAGAGCAUCUGGACAAGGUCAAGAAGAAUUCAUGAAUGAAGUAGUGGUCAUUUCCAAGCUUCAACACCGUAAUCUUGUAAGACUUUUUGGCUGCUGCAUUGAAGGUGACGAAAAGAUGUUGAUCUAUGAAUACUUGCCAAAUAAAAGCUUGGAUGUGUUAAUCUUUGAUCCAUCAAAAAGUAAACUCGUAGGUUGGAGGAAGCGGUGCAGCAUAAUAGAAGGAAUAGCUCGAGGAUUGCUAUAUCUUCACAGGGACUCCAGACUAAGAAUCAUACACAGAGAUUUGAAGACAAGUAAUAUCUUGUUAGAUGAAGACCUAAAUCCAAAAAUAUCAGACUUUGGUAUGGCUAGAAUCUUUGGAGGAACAGAAGAUCACGCUAAUACUAAUAGGAUUGUUGGGACAUAUGGCUACAUGUCCCCUGAAUAUGCAAUGCAAGGCCUGUUUUCAGAGAAAUCGGAUGUCUUUAGCUUUGGUGUUUUAGCACUAGAGAUUGUAACUGGAAGAAGAAAUUCAAGCUUUUAUGAUGAUGAACAUGUUCUUAGCCUCUUGGGAUUUGCCUGGAUACAAUGGAGGGAAGGCAACAUAUCUUCUAUAAUAGAUCCAGAAGUAUAUGAUCCUAGUUAUCAUAUAGAUAUUUUAAGGUGCAUUAACAUAGCUCUUCUGUGUGUACAAGAACUUGCUGUAGACAGACCCACUAUGGCUGCAGUAAUUUCUAUGCUUAACAGUGAGGUUGCGUUUCUUCCUCCUCCAAGCCAACCUGCAUUCAUCCUGAGGCAUAAUCUGCUGAAUUCGGAGCCAUGUAAAGGAAGUCAUAGAUUUUCCUCCACCAACACUGCUAGCAUUACAACUAUCUAUGGAAGAUAG